AACGAUAGGCAGUAUCAGUCAGAGCUGUGGCGCGCGAAACGGGAAGCAAAAUGACUGGUGUAAACAGUCUAAUUAUCGUCACGGCGGUCUUCCUGCUUCAGGAUAAGGGCCGGGCUGACGUGCUGAGUGAAAAACUGGCCAUCAUUACCGAUCUGAAUAGACCUGUUGUUAGAUUGGCACACAUCAACCUCGAAAACCAGACAUGCCAAACGGACGCCGAGUGCGCGCAGUACCUACCCAGCCUCGACACAGCUCUCUCCAUAGUGAGCUCAGUUCCAUCCGCACCGUACUGUUCGGACGUCGAUAACACGAACUCUACAGCUUCUCGGAAAUGUACGUGUGGUGAUGGGAAAUGUGUGUCUUAUACGAGAGAAUUCGGAAAGGGGACCAUCCUUUAUUACUGCGGCCCCUGUAGUCAUGUCGGCGCCCAGUGUGAGAUGAAAAACGCAUGUCAACACGAAAUGGCAGAAUGCAGAGACAACUACUGCAUGUGCAAGAACGAUGGAUACUUUUACGAAUUUAGUUACUGCGAGAUCCCUUACGUCGGAUAUGAAAUGACGUUACAAAUUGCAAUCAUUGUGUGUAUCGUUAUUGCAAUGUGCCUUCUCCUGGCUUCGGUCUACAGCAUCAUCAAUGUGCGACGACUUCGAGACCUGAGAGACCUGGCGAGACAAGGACGUGGACGAAGAGCUGAUAGUGAGUCUCAGACCGUUUCCGAGGACUCUCCUCCAGUUUAUGAUGAGGUGGUGGGCAAUCUACCGUCUUACCAGGAUGCUCUUGCUAUGACCGAGGUUCCUUCGUCCACGGUCGUCGAAGAGACCCAGCGUGAUGACGCAACUGAGGCCACGGCGUCUCGAGACAGUGCGAGUGAUCAGGGUAGCAACACUUCGUCAACUGGGUCUCCGAGAGAAUCUGUUAAAGAAGUCGACAUCGCAGAGGUUCAUAGGACAGAACACCAAAGGCACAUUCAACAGGCACCUGAUACAACGUUAGUCGUUCGGGGAAAUGGUCAUUCAGAGAUCCUCCAGGAACAGUCUGCAGAAGGGAGUCGUCCACGAGACAGUGAGGAUGAAAAUGACCCCGAGGAAAUAAUUUCAUCGGUGUCUCGUCUUCGCGAGUCUCAGUCAAUUCAAACUAGAUUUUAAAAUAAUGUCAGUGUAAAUAUUCCUAAAUUCAUAAACAUCCUUCUAUUUCAUAAUUCUCAUAUAAUCAUUCAUGUUCUCAAUACAGGAUUGGAAAGUACGGUA